CAAACACUGGAGAAACCAUCAAACCGGCACGUUCAAUCAACAACAACAACACAGGAUAUAAAGUCGCAGCAGUGAAAUGGCCCCAACAAUCACCAACUCACCCAAACCUCGUUCUAUGAGCCCAACAAUCACCAACUCACCCAAACCUCGUCGCAUGAGCUCAGCAAUUAGCAUCCGGUCCCGUAGCGCAACCCGUAGCAUUACACCGAUUUCGGAAGACGAAACGAUGUCCCGACGCAUUCAACGUUUCAAGUCGACCCUUCCCACUAUUCGUGAAGAAAAGGAAUGUGAUGAUCGCACAACACGGAAAACGAUCUCACAUCGAAGAAAACACACAUCAUCCCGUCAUGUCGCUUGCGGAAUAUGCAAGAAAGACCACCGUCUAGUGACUUGCGCUACGUACUCGGCAUAUAACAUAAACAAAAAAUACGAAGCAGUAAUCAAAUACAACUACUGCGUUAAUUGCUUAGCCAGGUCGCACAAGACAGGAGGAUGCACCAGCAAAAAUAGAUGUUCCGUUUGUCAUGGGAAACAUCAUUCAUCCCUACACGGACAUCCGAGGCUAUACCCGACCAACGAUGCCAAUGUUGUGGAGAAACAUCCACUUGCAAUAGAGACCCGACUACCAUCCUUACUGGCUAAGCAGACCCUAGUACCCACAUUGAAGAUACGAUUAAGAUGCGAUGGUGAAUGGCAUAAAGUUCGAGCCAUUUUAAACCCUACCCUCAAAAUCACGAAUAUAGCAGCUGAACUCGUCAAACACUUAAAACUGCCAAUUACAUACCUUAACACGUAUCGUAUUUGUAGCAUACAAAUCAGCUCAAAUAAUGACACAAAGUUUUCUCUGGAAUGUAACGCAGUUAUCACCCACAAGCUACCCAAAAAACCCUAUGAGCGAGACUUAAGUGACGAUGUGCAAAUGCGCUUCGAACACUUGGUUCUCGCUGACCCUCAAUUCCACAGCAACAAAGAGUUAACGUUGGAGAUUGGAGCGGAUAUGUACCCUCAAAUUAUCAGAAGUGGACUCUUCAAACCCGAUAACAGUACAGUGGUAGCGCAGAAUACAGCAUUUGGCUGGACCCUUACUGGCACCAUCUAACCCUAAGUAUACUUCUGAUAAUUACUCUAUUUCAUUUCAAAACUUUCAAUAUAUGUUACCCUACUAAUACUCAAUUAUUUCGCAGAUUCUGCAAGGUGGCCGGGAUGUUUAAUCCAAACAAAUACUCCUCUGCAUUACUCCCACAAAUUACAAAAAGUAAUAGAGGCGUAAUGUAGAGGAGUAUAAACCGCCCCAACUUCACGCAACAGGCGAAAAAUGAGGAAUGAAGGAGAUGAUUUUUCCCGCGCUUUCACCAAAAGGAGUAUUAUUAUCCCGCCUAUACAGAAGCGAACAUAUAAGCGAAUCACAAGUGAACACGGAGACUAACUAAGCGAACUUUAUAUUAUUACAAAACAUACAAAAAGUGAAAUACAAAGUGAAUACGGAAAGCGAAGGUGUGCCAUCCCGCGACAGAAUAAAACAUUUUUCAUCUAUACCAAGUGAACAGGAAAAUAAAACGGCCUAACAACAAAGUGAACAAUUUUUAUACAAGGAAUCCACACGAAGUAUCAGCAAUCACCCACAAACCAGCACACAAAAGGGAACAAUAUAUUUAAAAUCCCAACAAUACUUACGUAUGUAUAAUAACACUGAAAUUUAACACUAGCUAAUACGAAAUCAAUAACAAUUAACAAAUAUUGAAUACACACACACACCCACUCAUAUACUUGUAUGUAUAUAUCCGCAUUUAUAUUGAAUUAAA